AUGGGGCUCCCGACCGAAGACCACCUCCAUGAUGACGUUCCCUUUGACGAGGACGAUGGGCUUCACCAGAACAUGCAAUCCUACCCUCAGUCUGACAUGUCGUCCUUGGAGGGACAGGCUUCUUCCAUUCUUUCUCACCAUUCCUCGUCGUCAGACUUGAAUUCAGCUAGAGGCGGUUCCUACAACACGGCUAAGUACCCUCCUCAACUUCUGAGGAGACUUCCAAGAGCCUUGUACCAGCCACAAGGCCAGCAGCUGGCUCCUAUGGUGCCUCCUCCACAGCAGAGUUCUAACCAGGAGAUCAUGGGCCAACAAGACGAUUCCCUUCACUCUCCUCUCGCUCAAGAGCAGAUGCACCCACCUACUAAUCAAGACCAUCACAACAUGCCCCAUGACUUUAAUUCUUCUAACCAACCACAGCAACAACAACAGUCUCAUCCCAUGCAUGGCAUGUCUGUCCCUGGCUUGCAGUCGAAGCUGGCUCUGGUCCCACACAUUCAACCUCCUUUGCUGUACCAACUUGCACCUCAGAUGCCACAACACCCAGUUCAGGUACAAGGCCAGCCACAUUUGCAGUUGAUGAAUCUUGGUUCUCACAUUCCUCAACAGUACCCUCAACAAAUGUCUGGUCACCCUCAAUUCCCCCAGCACAUUCCACAACAGGUUUCCCAUCAAAAUCCUCAGCAGCUUGGUCAACAGCAGUAUCCUCAUCUUCUUUCUGGCAAUGUUCCAUUGUCACAGGCUAACCAGCUGCCUCAGAUGGGUUCCCAUCCUCAUCAGCAGUACCUGCCUCCGUUGCAGUCUGCUCAUGAACAAGGGUACCAAAGCCUGAUGUCCUCGUACGCUGACCACAACACUAAUAAGCGUAAUAGCGAGGGCGAUCUUGCUGAAGGUGGGAAACCAAAGGUUGCCCCUAGAUCGGUGGAUUUAUUCCGUGUUGGUCCUCCAUUUUCUGAAACCAUGGAACACAGCCCAAUCUUCCGUGCUGAUACCCAUGAGCGUCUUAAUCCUCAUAUUGAGGCUCGUAUCGAUAGAGGAUUCGAGUUGGCCGGGUCAGGAAAUUGGAUUGGUUACAAGCGUAACUACUUCACUUUGGUUGUUGCCUUUGACCUUGGUUUGGACUUUUCUACUUUCUCAAACACUAAGUUUUACACUGCAAGAAGCUCUGCCGUUGGUACUGAAAACUUGCCUAUCAAGUACUUCGCCCUUAAUAUUGAAGCCAAGUGUUCAGAGCCAGAAGCUCAAGUCAGUCUUGUUCAACAUACACCCAAGAGGGACAAGGGACCUCAGAACCCUCCUCCUAUUUUCCCGGCAGUUCCUGGGCGUCUUCCAGAUCACCAAACAGUCAAAGAGUCAUGCAACAAGAGAAAUGACACCAAGCUUGAACUGAUGAACAAAAUCUUUAAUUUCGACAGAGAUGAAUAUUACACACUGCAGCGUCUCAAUCAACACAGCGACCCAUCAGUCCUUGGCAAUUACCCUCAGAGUAAGAUUGCAAAGGUUGCUCGUUUUGAAAGAAUCCAGUUUACUAAGUCUAUCCGUACUAAAGUUACCACCAUGCAACACAAGUACUUUACUUUGCAUGCUGAGCUUGUGGGAGUUGUGGAAAACGGUCAACAUCAACAACACGUUGUUUUGGCCUCUUCAAAGACCCCAGGGUUGCUUGUGAGAGGCCGGUCUCCUUCCAAGUACCACAACGAGAAGACAUCAGGAUACAGGGGUCCUAGCGAUUCCGAGAACUAUAGUAUGUAA